AUGGCAGGCGAAUGGUUUCGACGAGCGCCUGCCCGGGAGAACAUUGAGGCAAAUGAUUGCGAGGAAGCAGGACAAGUUCACACCGGAGAUGAGAGCAUUGGGGCAUCUAGAACGGAGUUUUGUGAAAGCGACAAGUCAUUGCCAUUAUCGGAGUCUACUUCUGGGCUAAGAAGACGAUACCGCAUCGUAACGGACUUGAGCAACAGACUUAUAGAAGCUAGACCCAGGGUUGUCUUUCGGGCACACUGCGUUGUGCCUGGGUUCAAAAACGCCCUUCCGCUCUUAGACAGCAAGGCGCCUGAUUUCAAUCACGUCUAUGGUCUCAUACACUUUUUGAAACAUGGCGAACCUGCUUGGACUUCUGAUGGUUUUGAACAUGAAAUGAGCAAGGUGAUAUCUGCAUAUUAUCGCUGUGCCAAAGAGGGGCGGAGUAAAGGCUCAUGGGUGAUGGACUAUGUCCGACCGCUCUUAGACUUAGCUAUCGAUGAUCUGCCCUUGGAUUCGUGGAGCGUGCAAGCGGAGCCUUAUGUCUGGGGUCCCAUUCCCGAGCUCCAGGGGGAUGCCACAAGCCGAAAAUGCAUGGUUGAACUUGUCAUCACCUUGAACCGUGUCAUGCAGUAUAUCCGCAGGGAUUAUGCGCCGCUAAUGUUUGGUCGCCUUAACUUGAAUCUCUGA